AUGUCACAUAAUGAUGAAAAGGAAGUAUUUCCUUUCCCGGGAAAAGUUAAAAGCUCUGUCUGGGAAUUCUUUGGAUUUUACAAAGAUGAUUUUGGUAACCUUGAUAAAAGCAGAGCCAUUUGUAAAAUUUGUAGAAAAGGGACAAAUUAUUCUGGUAAUACAACAAAUCUACGUACUCAUAUUGUACAUCACCAUAAAGAUGUGGCAGCGUUACCUGAUGUUAAUUACAGUAGAACUCCAGUGUCACGAAGCACCACCAUGCAGAAUCAUGACAACAUUUUUGGCGCGUCAGUUUUGAACCAAGUAACCUCAUCUCCUGAUGUGUAUCCUCAAACCACACCCCCAAAACUUCAGAGGCAAGUUCUUCUCGAUGAAAUUUUCAUUCCUCCUCUUUCUGCAGACAUAAGUAGCAACCUAAGUAGAAGUACAUCUCAGCAGAACACUUGGGUUAUGGAAUCUGCAACAGGACUUCUGGAUUCGCCAGCUGCAUAUAGCAAAGAAAGUCCUAUUCAAGAGAAUUCUAGUGGAUCAUUUGCUGACUCUGAAACAGACUCAUAUGGCAGUAUUAAAGAGGCUGUUUUUGAAACUGUUAUACAUGAUCUGAUACCUAUAGAAGCUGUGGAUAGCAGUCGCUUUAAAAGAUUAAUAUGUAUGGGAAAGAGACAGUCCUUCAUGCCUAAUUCGCUAGAUAUAUCAGAGCUUAUUAUGAGACGAUUCUCAGAGUUGCAGGCAGUAAUAAAUAAUGAACUCUCCAAGGGAAUGCAUAAAAAUUUGAAAUUAGAGAUAUGGAAAUCAUUUGAUGUCACAUACUUGACAGUGUCAGUGCAAGCACUGUUUGAUAACUGGAAACUGAAAUGUUACGUCCUGGCUACUGUUGAAUUGGAAGGCAACUUUGUUUUGAAAGACUUGACAAAUAUAAUUGAUGAUAGGAAAUUAUUAGUCAAUUUCAAGAACAUUUUGUCAUCCGAGAACAAAGUUGUAGAAAAAUUUGCUGAUGAAAAAAAUCGUGUUUAUCUGGUUUCUUUAUGUAGCACAAUCAAUAAAGUUGCAAAGUUAUGCUUGGAAGAAAAUGUUAGUGAAAAGUUAAUAAGGAAAGUUGGUAAAAUUGUGAAAUUGUUGACGGAAAAUCAAGAAGCUAAGUCGGUGUUUUCUGACAAACAGAAGGUUUUACAGUUACCUUUUCGAAACUUUGUGAAAUGCAAUACAAAAAGUUGGCAUUCUAUUUUAGCAAUGUUUGAGAUAACAAUUGAACAAAGUAAUGCCAUUAUUGCUACAUUAAGUGAUGUUAAACUUAAAACCAUAGAUGUAGGUGAUCAGUUGACAGCUGGAGACUUUGCACAAAUUCAGACCUUCAUUACCAUGCUGACACCUUUGAAAACUGCUUUGACUCUGACAAAAGACAUGAAAUAUCCUACUGCUGCAGUUAUUUUACCAGUGUUGAAAAAAUUAGAGAUAAGUCUGGCUACCAGUGAAAACGAUUCCCAGCAGAUCAUUGACCUGAAGUCUUUGAUGGUUAAAACACUUAAAGAACAUUAUGAAACUAAGGGUAGAAGGCAAUUUCUUUUGUUAUGCUCUUUGUUAGACCCAAGAUUUAAAGGAUUAAAGUUUGUUAGCCAAGCCGACUGUGAUCUUGCCUUUGAACAUUUGAAACGUGAUGCUUUGGAAAUUACGAAUUCGUUCAAAGUAACAGAAGACUUGAAAUCUCAUCAUGUUGAUAAAGUUGUUGUGAAGAUAGAGGCUGUUGAUGAUUAUUCUGACAACCAGGGUAUAGGCUUUGAUUUGUGUUCCAAAAGUUUGGAAGAUGCAGACGGGAGUUCAGACCCAAAUCAACGAGUCAAAAGGCAGAGGCUCAUGAAGAAUGCUCCUAAAGCCGGUGACAAUGCAACAGAUGACUGGUUUGCUGAUGUGAUUCAGGAGAUUAAAGAAGGUCAGCCAGAGGAAGACAGUGUCACAGUCGAGGUCAAUAGAUACAAGGGUGAGAUGCAGAUAAGUUCAGCAUCAUCACCGCUUGCAUGGUGGAGGGACAGACAAACUUCGUUUCCAUUGUUAUCUCAGGUGGCAAAGCUGUAUGUGUCUGUUCCGGCUUUAUUAGGAACAGAGGAUGAAUCUACAGAAACAUGGUAUCAGAGACAGAGAAGAAGCAUUCGACCAAAUCUUGUGGAACCUAUAGUUUUCUUGCAUGCAAAUUAUGAUAAGUUGAAGCAACAGAGAGACGAAUUCUGA